GCAUUGCAUUGUGGGAGUAAGAUGAUUGACACCGGCGCCAUUUUGCUCCUGCUCGCUCUGCUUCCAUUGUGUGAGAGAUAGUAAAUAUCUGACGCUGCCACACAACCACGACACACUGAAACGUUGCGAAGUAAAAGCUGAAAAUUCAGCCCCGGUGAAACUUUGUCGUAAUGGCUCGUACCAAGCAGACAGCUCGUAAGUCCACUGGAGGAAAAGCUCCUCGUAAGCAGCUGGCCACCAAGGCCGCCCGCAAGAGCGCCCCCUCCACCGGUGGUGUCAAGAAGCCCCAUCGUUACAGGCCCGGUACUGUGGCUCUGAGAGAGAUCCGUCGGUACCAGAAGUCCACUGAGCUGCUGAUCCGGAAGCUGCCCUUCCAGCGCCUGGUGAGGGAGAUUGCUCAGGACUUCAAGACUGACCUGCGUUUCCAGAGUGCAGCCAUCGGAGCUCUGCAGGAGGCCAGUGAGGCUUACCUGGUGGGUCUGUUCGAGGACACGAACCUGUGUGCUAUCCAUGCCAAGCGUGUCACCAUCAUGCCCAAAGACAUCCAGCUGGCACGCCGCAUCCGUGGAGAGCGUGCUUAAAUGCCUUCCGGGUGUUUCUCUGCGGUUCCCCUCCCUGUCCUCACUGCUCCCUCCUGCCCCAGCCCUCACACUCCUCACCCUGCUCAACUUCUUUGUAGACAUUAGGGUCAUUCUGAUUAUGAGCAGAUAGAAACAUGUUGAAGUCUGGUCUCUCUUAGAAGUUUUUUGUCUUCAUAAAAUGUUUUGGGGUACUUUUUUUGUGCAUGUAAAAAGUUUUGUGGAUCAGAUGCACAUGUGCACACAUACUCAAAUGUGUAUCACUGGAUUUUGCUGGUGCUUCCUAACAUGGAGCCCACCCAUGAGCUCACCUGUUUUGUUCUGGUGUCAGCUGAAGCAGAGGGACCAGGCCAAGGAACUAGUCUGCUUAAGGGGAGCUGCAACUUCCACAGCAGGGUGCUAUUAAAACUAGUCCUGAGGCCUGUGGCCCCUUUAAACAUCACCUCCCCUCCCCCCCAGUCCACCCCCCUGACUCCCAGCUCCUUCAUCUGGAACAAGCUUGGGAGUGGGUGGAGUGCUGCUCUGUUUGUGUGAACCUGCAAGCCCUGAUCUUCCAAACCAACUGGACCCGACAAACAACAAUGUCUUGGUUGGUUUACACUAUGGAAUAACAUCGUGGCCAUGGUGUCAGGUUUUUUACACGAAUUUCAUGAGUAUGUCUAAUUAUACCAAUUUCUAAAUUAUCAAAAUAAAAAAUAAAAAAAUAGUUGAUUUCUGCUGCAAUGUCAAAUGUUAUCUGCAGUGAUUUGUUUUGUAGUAGUUCUGGAGAAGCUUGGUUUUUUUUGUUCCCAGAAAACGUUUAUUCCCAUCCCAACCACAUGGGGGCGUUAGAUCACCAUUACCCUUUCCUGUUUUCCAUAGAUUAGCAUUAGAUUUGACAUAGUGAAAGUUAUUCUGCACAUGUUUCGGGUCUUUGUCAUUCCUGCAGUCUCUCAGCAUAUAAACUAUCCCUGUCAUGAAAUUUCUGAUACAGAAUAUAACCUCAUAAUUGUUUUUUUUUAAUAUUUUUCUUAUUCCUUGAGAUUUUCAGACAUAUAAAUAAGCUGAUCUUUGUAUUUUCCAAAUUUCUCAUUAUGGUGGUAAUAAAUAGAUGUUAAAACAAA